GCGCCAUCUUUUGUUUUUAGAAAUAAUUCUGGAGAGCUAAGCCAUGAAGCCUUCUUUGUUCGAUUGCCUUUUCGUUGUUAUGUAUGCAUCAGUUUCUGUUUUGGCAAACGAGGAGUCAAUUAGCAACACUACAGAGAGAUCAGCAAACGAUAAAUCAUCGGACAAAGAAGACGCGCAAAUCUCAAUUUAUCGUGCGAUUUUUAAGCAAAAACGCGUAGAGCAAACUCUCGCUGCAGAGAGUAUACUAAAACUUAAUGACUACUCCAAACAAUAUAAAAUGGUUGAAAUUGUUCUUGAAAAAUUGUUUACGGUAUUACAAGAUGCAAAGGUGAAAGUAACAGCAUCAAGUUACAUACCUGGACAAGCAUUUCCUACAGAAAAAUCAGAGUUAGAAGCUUUAGCAAAUGUUCUGGAGAAUACUGCCCUGUUUGGAGAUAUUCUUCUGCGACUACCUGAUAUAACAUACAAGGUGUACACUAAAUCCAGAGAAUGGGAACUUCUGGCCAGAUGGAGUCUAAGCUUUUGCAAUGAAACACACAUUUAUGAUGAAACAGACUCCAAGUUAUUACAUUUGAUGGCACAAGAGUUAAGACUUGUACCAAGAGAUCCAAACUACAUCAAUCCAUAUAGGCAUGUUGGACACAAAGAGGGUUUGAAAGAUGGUCAGAGUAAAGAGAAGACUUCUAACAAAAAGAAAAAAGAGAAAAAGAAAAGAAGAGGUCCAAGAUUAAGCCAUGCAGAAUUGUAGGACUUAUUGUUAUUACUACUAUUAUUGAAAUAAAAACUUUUGUAAUUAGUUACUCAGUUGAUUGUUGUGUUAAAAGAAUACUAGUUUGGUGCAUAACUGAUACCAUUGGUUUUGGAAUGGCCUAGGCUUAAUUAAAUUUGUGCUUCUGGUCAAUGGUAGGAACCAUGCUAAUCAAUAACUAAUUUUAUUUAAUUUAUACUAUUACACCAUUGUACUGUGUAAGGGAAACAGCAUUACACUGUAAAACAGCAAAAAUGCAGAUGAAAAAACACAGACGGAAAGGAGAGUCACCAAAUGGCCACACCAACAAACGAUCCUAACUUUAAUUUGUUUUAAUCCUUUCGGCUUCACUUUUUGAAUGACAAACAUUUAAGUGAAACUGAUCUCUUUUGUUCCUCAUGAAGGACACUUACUGGUAAUAAAUGGUUUUGUGGAAGAAUGAAUCCCUUAACUGAUGGUUUAACAUUUAAUACAUACAGAUAUUUUACUCAUUGCCCAUAUUUUUCAAGUUCUGUCUGCAACUCAUGGGCAUGCUCUAUGUUACACCAUCAAAUAAGGUGUAUGUAACAAGAGAUAAGAACAAAAUAAAUCAAAUGUAAUAACUAAAAAGAUAAAUGUGAAAUAAGACACAAAGACAGACAACAGCUUUGGGAGUUUCUGCUAGAGCUUUACAAAAGGUCAGCCCCUUACUUGUUUGAUGUUUGCUAAAAUUGUGUUUUUAGACCAAUUUAAGGGAGUUUAUGAUUAGUAGUGAAGUCAAGUUUUACUCCAGAGAACGCCUUACAUUAUUUUGCUACAUUUAUCAGUGCCACUCUUUUCCGUAACAAUGUUCAUUUAAUGGAAAGUUCUUUUCAGAAUACCAAUUUACAUUUAUUUAUUAACAAUAAAAUUUGACAACAG